UAACAUGUCCAAGAUCACACAGUUAAUAACUAUCAGAGCUGAGAUUUAUAUCCUGGAAGUGUCACACCAAAGCCCAUUUUAGUAAUUAUAACAGUAUACCAAGUCUCAUCAUUAUGCAUACUUAAAAAAAUUAUUCCUGCCUUACUCAGUAACCUUUCAUGAUUGAAGGAAGAGAUAUUAAUCUGAUGACAGCAAGAAUCAUCAAGUUUUGUCCAGAUUAUACUGAAGCUAUGAGGUCUGGAGAUCUGGCUUAUCUGGACUCUGCGGUUCUCUGAAAAGAAAUCUUGAAAAGGACUGACCAGUUCUUGCAUUUUGAAACCAUGGCCCAUGGUUCAGUGACAUUCAGGGAUGUGGCCAUAGACUUCUCACAGGAAGAAUGGGAAUUCCUGGACUCGGCUCAAAGAGACUUAUAUAGGGAUGUGAUGUGGGAGAAUUAUAGUAAUUUCAUCUCACUAGCAGAACCUUCCAUUUCUAAACCAGAUGUGAUUACCUUAUUGGAUGAAGGGAAGGAGCCCUGGAUGGUUAUAAGGGAAGGGACCAGAAGACACUACCCUGAUUUGGAGUCCAGAUACAGGACCAAUACUUUAUCUCCAGAAAAGGACAUUUAUGAAAUAUAUUCAUUCCAGUGGGAGAUAAUGGAAAGAAUUAAAAGUUACAGUCUUCAGGACUCCCUUUUUAGAAAUGAUUGGGAAUGCAAAGGCAAGAUUGAGGGGCAAAAGGAACCACAAGAGGGAUAUUUUGGGCAAGUGAAAAUUACUUCUGAAAAAAUGACCACUUACAAAAAGCAUAAUUUUCUUGCUGAAUAUCAGAGAAUUCAAAAUGGAGAAAAGUUGUAUGAAUGUAAGGAAUGUAGGAAGACCUUUAUUCGCCGCUCAACACUUAGUCAACACCUGAGAAUUCAUACUGGGGAGAAACCUUAUAAAUGUAAGGAAUGCGGGCAGGCAUUUAGACAGCGUGCACACCUUAUCCGACAUCACAAACUUCAUACUGGUGAGAAGCCCUAUGAAUGUAAGGAAUGUGGAAAGGCCUUUACAGUGCUCCAAGAACUUACUCAACAUCAGAGGCUUCACACUGGUGAAAAACCCUAUGAAUGUAAGGAGUGUGGAAAAGCCUUCAGAGUGCAUCAGCAACUUGCUCGACAUCAGAGAAUUCACACUGGUGAGAAACCCUAUGAAUGUAAGGCAUGUGGGAAGACCUUUAGGCAGUGUACACAUCUUACUCGACAUCAGAGACUUCAUACUGCUGAGAAGCUCUAUGAGUGUAAGGAAUGUGGGAAAGCCUUUGUAUGUGGUCCAGACCUUAGAGUACAUCAGAAAAUUCAUUUUGGUGAGAAACCUUAUGAAUGUAAGGAAUGUGGAAAGGCUUUUAGAAUAUGCCAACAACUUACUGUCCAUCAGAGUAUUCAUACUGGUGAGAAACCCUAUGAAUGUAAGGAAUGUGGAAAGACUUUUAGACUAAGGCAGCAACUUGUUCGCCAUCAGAGAAUCCAUACUCGUGAGAAACCCUAUGAAUGUAUGGAAUGCUGGAAGACCUUUAGUAGUUACUCACAACUUAUUUCACAUCAGAGCAUUCAUAUUGGUGAGAGACCGUAUGAAUGUGAAGAGUGUGGGAAGGCCUUUAGAUUGCUCUCACAACUUACCCAACAUCAGAGUAUUCAUACUGGUGAGAAACCCUAUGAAUGUAAGGAAUGUAGGAAACCUUUUAGACUGCUCUCACAACUUACUCAGCAUCAGAGUAUUCAUACGGGUGAGAAACCUUAUGAAUGUAAGGAAUGUGGUAAGGCUUUUAGACUUUAUUCAUUCCUUACUCAACACCAGAGAAUUCAUACUGGGGAGAAACCCUACAAAUGUAAGGAAUGUAAGAAGGCCUUUAGACAGCAUUCACACCUUACUCAACAUCAGAAAAUUCAUAAUGGAGUUUAAAACAAGAAGGCCUUCAAUUGUACAUUAUGUAACAAUAUCAGAAAAUUCAUUUUUGAGAAAUUUGUUUCAUGCUUCAACUAAGUGUAAGAAAUUUUAUAUUAUUGGGAAAAAAUGUUGCUUUAAAAGCCUUCCAUCACCUUUCAGAUGUUUAUCUUUGGCAAAUUCAUUUGAGGGAAUAAUACAAUGAAUGUAGGAAAAACUUUAGCCUUAUCUGUCAUUAUCCCAUUUCACCACUUUAUUACCAGUGUGUUAUUGGACAAGGUACUUAAACUUCUGUGCCUCAUUUUGCUCACUUGUAAAAUGGUGAUAAUAGUACCUAUGUAUAUUAGUUAUUUAUUGCUGUAUAAUAAAUUACCACAAACCUAGUAGCUUAAAAUAAUACUUAUUAUCUCAUAAUUUCUAUAGGUCAGGUGUCUGGACAUAACUUAGUUGGGGCUUCUCCUUUAGGGUCUCACAAAGCUAAACUAAAGGUUUCAGCCAGGGUUGGGUCUCAUCUGAAGGUCUAACAGGGGAAGGGAUCCACUUUCAGCCUCACAUGGUUGUCAGCUAUUGCACUGAGGUCCACAGUUCCUAGUUGGCUGUUGGUUGAAGGCUGACCUUAGUUCCAUGCUACAUGGGCUUCUUCAAAUGGCUGCUUAUUAAGUGUGCAAGUCAAGAAUGUGGUAGAGCCUGCUAGCAUCACAGAAGCUAUAAUCAUAUGUGAUCUAAUCACCAAAAUAACACCUUUGCUGUCCUCUACUGAUUAGAACCAAGUUACUGGGCUACCCCACACUCAAGGGUAGAGAUUGUAGAGGAUUACACAAGAGUAUGAAUACCACAAUGUAGGAACCAUUUCAGAGUCAGCCUGCCAACACUGUGUGACAGGAUUGUCUUGAGGAUUAAUUAGUUAAUGCUUGGAAAAAUAGCAGCCACAUAGCAUGUUUUCUGUAAAUAUUAUCUACAGUUGUUAUCAUUAGUAUUAGUGAAUUCAUAUGAAAAAAAUAUACUAUAGAAGUAGUAAAUGUAGAAAUGCCUCAUGUCACUGCUCAGCACUUAAUUAAAUUUAAGAUAAUUUAUUCCAGAUAAAAUCUAGGACGUUAUAUGGAAAGUGAGAAGUUCUUCAUCAUUUGAGCAUUUGAGCUGCAUCAGUAAUUUCAUGCUUAAAAGAAACCUUAUGAAUUUCAUGAAGGUGAGGUUAAGAUUACAACUGUUGAAGGAUCAGAAAAAAUACGGAAUUAGUUUCCCAUAAUAAAUUCCAAAAAGUAAAUGUUUUGCAAUCCCUGUUGUUUGACCACUGUUAAAGAUGAAUUUGAAAUUAUUAAAAAGAUGGCAGGAAACUCACCAGUUGGAAGUUUAAUAUUGUGUGUGCAUGUAUGUGUGUAAAACUCUUGUAUAAAAGAAAAAACAUUUCCUUUGUAGUCAGUUUUCUGUUUGAUCAAAUUGCCCCAUCUUCAACCAGUGGGAGUUGGGUCUUUUGACAUGAUCCCCCUAGUAGUUUGAUAGUUUACUUGGUCACAGCUACACAGUUUGGUCAGCAAUGGAAGAUGCUUGGGUACCAACUCAUCCUGAAAAUUGAUAAGGAGAAAAAUGAGCACUUCUUUUGCUUUUUCCAUGUGGACCAAGUUUCAGGGCCACCAAAAGCUCAUCAAAUUAAAAGGGUUUGUUUGUUUUUUUUAAUAAUCAUUACAAAUAAACAGAAUGAUAGGAUUAGAAAAAUCACUAUUUUCUAGUUCCCUAGUAGAAUAAUGGGUCCAGAAAAUGAUCUUCAGUGGAUAUUAACACUAUUGAGUGAAAUAUUUUAUAGUGAGAACUUUACAAUGGAUUUAUCAAGCUGACUACCUCUGAGCCCUUUGAUCAAUUUUAACCUCUAUAAAAGUGGGACUAUCAGACAAUAUCCACCUCCUGAUAAAAUGCAAUAGGAAGUACACACCACCACCUACAAAGCCUUACUGCCAAAACAACUGAAGAAAGCAAACCUUUAAUCAAAUUCUUUAAAACAAGAAUUUGGGGAAUAGCUGAACAAAGUAAAUGGCACCAGAAGGAAGCAGCCAAGCAGACCCAGAACUGUAAAAUUCUACAAAAUAAAUGAUCUGAUUUCUUCAACUUAAUGAGUGAUAUGAAAAAGAAAAGGUAAGGGCAACUGUUAAUUGAUUAAAAGAGACCUAAGAGACCUAUCAACUAAAUUCAGUACAUGGGCAUUACUUGGACCUAGUUUACACAAAAUGUAAAAAGACAUUUUGGAGACACUGGGGAAAAUGUGGACAUGCACUGAGUAUUAGAUGAUAUUUAGAAAUACUCAUUUUGUUAGGGAUAAUGUUAUUGUGGUUAUUAAAAAAUAAAAGGUUCUAAGUGUUAGAGAUACAUACUUCUAUAUUUAUGAAAUGGUAAGAUACUGCAUUUGCAUUAGAAGACUCCAGCAAAAGAAAAAGAAUUGGCACAGAGAUUUGGGAAGUAGAGUAGUAAAAUGUUAAUUACUGAAGGGUAGUGGUUUGUUUUUUUUGGGGGGGGGCGGUCAUUGUUCUAAUAUUUUCUAUUUUCUACUUCUUUAAUGUGUUUGAAAGCUUCCAUAAUAAAAUGUUUAAAAUCAAAACCGAAAUUUAUAGACUUACAAAUGAUUGUUGAUGAGAUGUGUGUAUCUAAACUUGUCAGAUGUCACCAGAAUUCUGUUCGGUGAGAAAUUCAUCCCCUUUAAUGCAUUAAGGAAAUUUCGUUUGUGGGGCCAAUCUUCAUCAUCUUCACCAUAUCUACGCCUGUCAGAUAAAUAAGUGUGUUAAGGGAAUGAGUGAGUAUUUAUGUCAAGAAACCCGAAACAGAAAAAAAUAAAACCUACACAAGAGAAGCAGAGCACAACUAAAAAUAGAAAUUAAGGAUUAGACAGUAGUAGAUUUUAACCAAUGUUAAUAAUGACUAGGUUCUGGAGGAUCUAAUUAAGAAAAAGAAAAUGAAAGAUAAUACAUUUAGAAUAUUGGCAGAGGUGGCAUAGCUACAGAUUAUCAAGAAAAAUUUGUUUUAAUCAUAAGGUAAUACUGUAUAUAUGUGCUAUAUGUAUUCUAGUACAUAAAUACAAAAGGGUUACUUAUUUUUUGCUGUAGGAUUCUGUUAUGACAGUUGACUCGAAUAGACCAACAAGCAAAUGUGUGUAUAUGAACACCCUGUUUAAGAAAAAACUCUGGUAGUUGUAUAGGUAAAAGCUUUAAAGAAUAGAUAAUCUUUCACAAAAUUCUACCAAUUAAUUCCGCACAGUUAAUCCUGAUACAAACCUAGAUGAAGAUCGCUCCUAAAAAGCAAAAUCUAGACCAACUUCGUUUAUGAAGAUUCUACCCAUCUUAAUUCUAAAUAAGGUAUAUUUAGAAUUUAUUACAAAAUCUGUCUUGACUAAUCCAUGUGUUGCCUUUCCCAAGUAUCUGAUAUCUCCAGGGGACCAAUGUUUAACAGAGUGUAGGGUCUUAAUCCAACAUUCUCCAUAAACUUGUUUUGGGGAAUAGUAGUCCUUGGUAUUUGGGGAAAAAAACGAUUUCUCGGGAAAAUGUGUAAAUUCAGCAAGGCAUUAAAAAAUCUACCUUUGGGGAAAUCCAAAUACACAUUAUCAGUUUGUCAAAAGAUAUAGUAAAGAGAUGAUUAUUUAACACAGGGUAUCUCAAACUUAAUUCAUUGUAGAAUUCUCAUUCCCAGUAUCUCUUACCAUCUUUAGAAUGUGAACCACUUUGGUAGAUGCUUCCAUUACCACAAUGAAUGUCUUCAAGGACAUCAUUUCAGACAUUAUGGUGAGUGAUUGUGUCGGGAGGAGGUAAGGAAGGACACUUUUCUUUGCAGCUCACAUCAUAUUCUGAAAAGCUUCCUGCUUGAAUUGAGGGUUAGUGCUUUUCUGUAGAAUGUAGAAGAUUAUAGCUUGGUCCUUGAUAUGUAUAUAUUAAACAUGAUUAAAUAGUCUGUUAAAUAGUGAUUAGGACAUAAACCAUUUUCAGUUGUAAUAAAAAUGCUAUAUUGAAUAUCA